CGCCGCUACUGCGGUUGCGCAUCUCCGAUCUUGUGAGAGUGGCGACGAACGCGGUCGACGUCGACGAGUUCCUUCGAGUCAUUCAUCAAAUUCCAGCGGCUCAUGCGUGUUUGCGUGCGUGCGUCCGUCCGUGCGCGAGUUUUGUGCGUUAAACAUUCCGUUGUCCCCUUCUGCCCGCGCGCGGCCCGGGGGAAAAACAGAGAAUUAAAAUAAUUAAAGUAAUGGCGUUGCGUUGGUUGACGGGCGGACAUCAGCCGCCGACGUAAUGGUUUACCGCAAUCGUUCGUCGUCGGUAGUCGUUUACGGCUGCGCCGCCGCCGCCGCCGUUGUCGUCGUCGUCUCCGUCGUUCCGUGAUCCGAUGAAAAGUUUCCGUGGCUCAACAACCGAUUGGUGUUGGUGAGAUGAACCUGUGAAUACAGUCGUUGUAGUUUUCGUCGUCUUCGAUCCGUGUUUUGGUGCUAUUUUGUAGCGCGGUGCCGGCUGAAAAAUGGCCGAGUACUAUCAGGGUGAAUAUUUGUUUAAUCCUGUUUUAUACGAAUUGGGUUUUAAAUAUGGUUUGGUAACAACAAACACUGAUGGUACAGGACCUGAUCCAACGUCCAUUGAAACGUUAACUCCAGCUCGAUUGGAUGAGCUAAAGGAAACCAUAAGGCGGGAGAUUCGACGUGAGCUUAAAAUCAAAGAAGGUGCCGAGAAAUUGCGUGAAGUUGUGACAGAUCGCAAAUCUUUGUCGGAUGUCACUGAUAUCGUUAAAAAAUCCAACGCUAAGCUUGCCGAGCUGCAGGUCGAAUUACAAGAACUCGAAUCCCAUAUUAUACUCAGCCAUGGAGCAACUGGACAACAAUCGUGUGGUUCAUUAAAUAAUUCAUCUUCUUCCGGAGUCCACAAGACAUCAGGAAUCAAUGGAUCUGCAGAUAGACCUAUUUCAAAUUCUCUACCUAUGCAUUUUGCUGGUUCAUCACCUCAGCAAGUCCAAGAGUCUAAUUUUGUGAGUGACCUUAGACUAGUACAACUUGAAAAACAACUUAAUAUAGAAUUAAAAGUCAAGCAAGGUGCUGAAAAUAUGAUUCAAAGUUUAAGUAGUGGAUAUUCGCGAGAUAAAAAGCUGUCAGCUGAUGCUCAACUAAUGUUGUCUGAUUCAAAAUUGAAAAUUGAGUACUUAAAAAUGGCUAUUCUAAAGGGAAAGCAGACUAAGCAGCAAAAAGAAGAAAUUAAAUCUAAUAGUGAAAGUAAAAAUGAUAAUUCUGAUUCUCAUUUAGAUAAUUCAUUAGAAGAACGUGUAGCAGAGUUAAGACAUCGCUUAAGAAUUGAAGCAGCGGUUGUAGAAGGAGCUAAAAAUGUUAUUAGAACUUUACAAAGUUCCAAAUUCAAUGAGAAAAAAGCUUUGCAAGAAGCACAAGCUAAUCUUUCGGAAUCUAGUUGUAAAUUGGAUUUGUUACGACGAUCACUUGAACUCCGUCGUCAAGAGCUUCCUGCUAAUUCAACUACAGCUGUCCAAUUAGUGCGAGAAUUACAAAAUGCUCAAGCUGCUAGUCCUACUCCAAAUCAUGCUUAUGUGAGUCUACAACCAUUCCCAAAAGCAGAACGAAAUGUGAUACCCGAAAAAGCUACUGUAUCUAGAUGUGCAGCUGUUACUGGGAAACUUGAAGUUAGGUUAAUGGGGUGUCAAGAUUUAUUGGAAGAAGUUCCAGGUAGAUCAAGACGAGAAAAAGACAAUCCUGGAGACUUAAGAUCUUUUGUAAAAGGAGUGACUGGACGUAGUUCUAGUAAAUCUUAUAAUAUUAAAGAUGAAAUAAGUAAUGAAAUCAUGGCUAUUAUCAAAUUAGAUAAUCAAACAGUUGGUCAAACUAGCUGGAGACCUUGUUCACAACAAGCAUGGGACCAAAGGUUUUCUAUUGAUUUGGAUAAAUCUCGAGAGCUUGAAAUUGGAAUAUAUUGGAGAGAUUGGCGGUCAUUGUGUGCCAUUAAAUUUCUUCGAUUGGAAGAAUUUAUUGAUGAUAUUCGGCAUGGUAUGGCAUUACAGUUGGAACCCCAAGGACUUCUGUUUGCAGAGAUUAAAUUUUUGAAUCCAAUGAUAUCACGUCAACCUCGCCUAAGACGUCAACGCAAAAUUUUUAAGCAACAAGCUAAAAAUUUCCCAAGAGCCAACCAAAUGAACAUUAAUAUAGCUGCUUGGAGUCGACUUCUUAAAAGAUCAUCACCUUCAAUUCAAAAUUCACCAUUAGUUCCUGUACAACAGCACUCAAGAUCACAUUCUCACUCUGAUAGCUCCACAGAUGGAGGUGAUAUAAGACUUGAAGAAAAAUGUACACCUGGUGAAACACCAGAACCAAUUAACACUUGUGGGUUGGCUGGUGCUCGACCAUUAGGCUUAGGAGUUGCUGUUUUACCACCAUUACCACCUACUAUUGCUGAACAGCGAAAUAUAUCAACGGGAUCUCCUACAUUCCUACCUUCAGCAGUUUUAGCUGCAAACAAAAGAGCACCUAUUUCUGCACCAGUUGUACCUCCUCCAAGGCCACCACGGCAAUUAGAUCAAGAGCUGCAGAAUGCGUUGAAGGAAUUUGACUUUUUACAUGAUGAUGAGCAACAGACAUUACCACCAGUUCAUAGGAGACAUAUAAUGACAAUGUCUGUUAGCAUAGAAAGUGUUGGAAGCUCAACUUUGGGAACACCGCAGCCAUCUCCUCUUGUAGAGUUUCCCCAGGACGAGUUGCCACUAUUUAAUCAUCCAGUUUCACGUGUACUUGAUUAUCGAGAAAAUGAAUCAAAAGGACAUCUUACAACAACAAAUAAUAUGCAACCACCAGAACCAUGUAAAACCAUAUUAUCUAAUACUUCCAAAUUUUCUCAAAUGUCGAUGGAUGAUUUUAGACUUCUUAGUGUAUUGGGUAGAGGACAUUUUGGAAAGGUAAUACUUUGUCAGCAUAAAAAAUCAAAUGAAUAUUUUGCUAUAAAAGCAUUGAAGAAAGGUGAUAUAAUUGCCCGUGAUGAAGUAGAGUCACUGUUAUCUGAAAAAAGAAUAUUUGAAGUUGCUAAUGAUAUCCGACAUCCAUUCCUAGUAAACUUAUUUGCUUGCUUCCAAACAGACGCUCAUGUUUGUUUUGUUAUGGAAUAUGCAGCUGGUGGUGAUUUGAUGAUGCAUAUACAUGCUGAUGUAUUUACAGAACCUAGAGCUGUUUUUUAUGCUGCUUGUGUUGUUUUAGGAUUACAAUAUUUACAUGAAAAUAGUAUUAUUUAUCGUGAUUUAAAAUUGGAUAACUUGUUAUUGGAUACUGAUGGAUAUGUUAAAAUAGCUGAUUUUGGAUUGUGCAAAGAAGGUAUGGGAUUUGGUGAUCGAACUGGUACAUUUUGUGGAACACCUGAAUUUUUAGCUCCGGAAGUUCUAACUGAGACUUCAUAUACACGUAGUGUAGACUGGUGGGGCUUAGGAGUACUAAUAUUUGAAAUGCUUGUUGGAGAAUCACCAUUCCCUGGUGAUGACGAAGAAGAAGUAUUUGACUCCAUAGUAAAUGAUGAAGUUAGAUAUCCUAGAUUUUUGUCAUUGGAAGCAAUUGCAAUCAUGCGAAGACUAUUGCGUAAAAAUCCAGAACGUAGAUUAGGUUCAAGUGAACGAGAUGCAGAAGAUGUGAAAAAGCAGGCAUUUUUCAGACAGGUUGUUUGGGAUGAUUUAUUACAAAGAAAAAUUAAACCUCCGUUUGUACCUACUGUAAAUUCUGUGGAAGAUGUUAGUAAUUUUGAUGAAGAAUUUACUUCAGAGAAACCACAAUUAACACCACCUAAAGAUCCUAGACUGUUAAAUAAUGAUGAACAACAGUUAUUUAAAGACUUUACGUACACAGCUGACUGGUUUUAACAGGGUUGUAACUAAAAAAAAAUGUAUAACUUAAAUUUAUAUAAUAAUCGAUCAAAUUCUAAUAGCUAGAGAUAGCUAAUCAUUAAAUUGAUGUAUUAAAAAAAAUUUAAUUACCAUAAAUUAUAUAUUUUUAUUUUUUUACGGCCAUCUUUGUAAAAUAAUUGUGAUUUAUAUUUUAAGAAGAAAAUCUUUAAAUCAUUCAGCUGAUCAGAUUACAUUUUUUAAACAAAUAGUUACCACAAGUCUUGAAAUUAUCAAAGUUUAAUUAUUGAUUUAAAAAGUUGAAAGAAUACCCUUGAUAUAUUAG